AUGAUGCUAGAUCAGCUUGAUAUUUUGGAGUAUGUGAAUCUUUAUUUUGGGUUUCGGGGAUUGGUUGGUUGGUUGGUUUGUGAAGUACCCGGUCAACAGAUGAACUUACUUCUAAUGAAGUCCCUCGAUGCACUGGAAGACUGCUGCUUUGACACGAGUCUGGAGUACAACACUGGAUGUAUUUUGGGAGUAGGACUUGUUCUUUCACUUAUGAGUCACAGUAGCCAAACUGAAUCUCGAGUGCAUGUUUCCACUUCGUUGCGAAAACUCCUUAAAUACCUGGACAGCAGUGAGGAUCAAAGCAGAUGGGUCCAGGAGGUACUUGCCUAUUCUGUGGCCUGUUCUUGUGUGUCUGCUUUCAGUGUUGGAAUCGUAGAAGCAGCUGAGGCGGAGGAAGCCAUGAACAAGCUAUGGACCUUAGUGGAAAAUAGUCAGCAGACCCACAGUUUUGCUUUAGCUCUAGGUGCAAUAGUACAUGGAUUGUCAGCUUGUGGCCAUGGGAAAGCUGAAGACCUGAGUAACAGGCUAAUGCCAGCCUGGCUAAAAACUGUGCUUGCAGAGGGUUCUCCAACGAUGCAGCGUCUGGCUGCUGUCAAUGGGCUGGUUGCACUGGUGGGCUCUGAAGGAGGCAUGAUACAGCUGAAAUCUGAGAGCAUUCAGUCCUCCCAGUUUCAAAGUAAGCUGAAUGAGGUCAUCAGAACCCUUACACAGAUAAUCAGUUUUUCGGGGCAGAUUGGCCUUCAGACAAAUGCAGCAGGUCUUUUGGGACGCCUUCAUAUGUCCUGUUUGUCUUUUACCCAGAACAGGGCAUCCGUUCCUCCAGAUUUUAGCUACUUGCCUGAAAACAGCUUUAUCAGGGCAGCCAUUGACUUUGCCAUUGAAGGUGGAAAGAAAGGCCCUGAAUCUGUCCCAACUGAGCUAGUGAAAGUAGCACUGGCACCCAUUGCAUUAGUUGGAGAAAGCCAUCAGUAUCCACCUGUAAACUGGGCAUCCAUUCUUUCUCCUUUGAUGAGACUAAACUUUGGUGAUGAGGUAAAACAUCUCUGCCUUCAGCUGGCUGCAACACAGGCCCAGUCAUCUCAAAAUGCAGUGAUGCUUUUGGGGAUGUGGGUGGCACCUCCCCUUGUCUACAGUCUCAGUGUGAAAACCCAGAAAUAUCUUUUCACAUCCCUGCCCCUGUGGAUGAAACACGUUGCAGAAGACAAACUGCAGUCUUUUACAGAAGUGUUUCUGAUACAACAAUUUGAAGUGAACUACCGUGCAAAAACUCCAGAAAUUUGCCAGUGUGUUUUACAGGGGCUCCUGCAAGCAAUGAAACUUCCAAACCUUGCCCAGUACUGCUGGAGCUUUCUGUGCCAGGCUGUGGAGAAAAUAUUUGCGCUUCUACCAAAUGAGGUUCAGAGAGGCAAACUGGAGAUGUAUACCGAUGUAGCAAAAUGUAUCUCAGAAAUGGCUGAUUCAGAGAUUGAUCGCAUUGUCCAGAUCUCUAAGAACAAUAUAGAGAAGGCUACAUUCACGAAAGUGUAUUUAAUUUCUCAAGGCAGAUUGCCUCUGAUGAACUUGAAUGCCGUGAUUGAUACUGUGGCAGGAUAUCACCAGAAAGAAAAUUUUUUAUGGAUGCUCUUGCAUAGUUUCUAUCAUGCUCGUAUUGUGAGCCAUGAAAACACAGGAGUGCAGAAAAGAAUGGACUGGCUGCUAGACCUGAUGGGCUACAUCAGAAAUGUAGCAUACCAGUCAACACCCUUACAAAAUGUCGAUCUUAAAGAGUGCAUAGAUUUCCUCCUGUGGCUCUUUGCAGCUUCUGUGGUGGCCUGGGCUGACCAUGGUGCACCAUUACUGCUUGGCCUCAAUGCUAGCUGGUCACCAUGGAAGGACCAAACAAUACCACCGGCAUUAUCUGAGGAUCACAUUGGCAAGCAUCCCACUGAAAAGUUUGCUGUGCAGGAGACUCUCACUCUCCUUCCGAGCAGCAUUUCCCUUUUGCUGGCUAAAGAGCCUUGGAAAGAACAAACACAGAAGUUUACUGACUGGCUGAUCAAUAUGAUGGAAAGUCCUAAGGAAGCAUUAUCAAAAUCUUCCACAGACCUGCUGAAAGUUACACUUCUGGCCUUGAGAUCUCUUGCAGAGUUCAAGAAGAAAGCAGUGUGGACCAAAGCUUAUGGGUGGUAG